AACUUUAGAACUAGCAUCGGUCAAACUGUUCAUAGUAGAACUCUUGCCGGCGGAGGGUUUCCCCACGAGGCCAAUGAGGGGAUCGCGAGGCAUGGCGGGGUGAUGGAGGGGUAACUUUUGGCAAUGGACGGUACGGGGUGGGCGUCUGUGCUAGCAAAUGCAAUGCGAGAAGAAUUCAGAAGGGCGCAAAACGAACUCCUCUACCCACGCGACGGCCUGCUGCUAUGAUUAAUCGGAUUGUUGGUGGAGGGAUGUCGGUGACAGGCCAAGUGAAAAGUUCGAAAAUUGUUGCGUAUCGCAUCGCAACUUUUUAGUGGGGGUCGGCACAACCCACACCUGACCAGCCUCUUGGUGGUGGUGGUCUCCUCACUAAACCCGCAGCUAACGGUUGUGCAUUCGCAUUGCCGUCACUCUCCAUUGACAUACGAUGAAUUGGGAACCGCUUUCUAUAAAUUCGUUUCCAGCGUGGGCUCUGCUUCAAGAUGUCACCUUUAACAAUGUGGCCCUGAGCGAGGUGGCGGGCAAGGGCAUUGGUAUAACAACAUCGGUGGAGGUCGAGACGAAUACUGAUACAGUGACACCAAUAAAGUUUCUUGAAAUACCAUACGAUCUGGUACUGUCUUCCGAGGCAGUAGACGAAUAUGCGAAGGUCGAUCAGAAUUUCAAAGCUCUGUUAGAGAAGAUGGGAAGACAGGUAAGUUAUCUGCAGGUUGAGCUGAGCGGCGCGCGUUCAUACUACCACCACAAUAAGCAACUGGCUCAUCAGGGUGGUACAGCAGCUAACUUUAAGGGCUGCAUAUAGUCAACACGAUUGGAUAUUAUGCUAUAUCUGUUGCCGCACAUGGUGCAGGCUGCGGCGGCCACAGAUGCUGUUAGUAACCACACCAGACGUUGCGCCUCUACGCCAUGGACAGAGUAUCUGAGAUUCCUGCCAUCGGGUGUUCCUGUCCCUACACUGUGGUCGGAAGAAGAGAAGCAUCUUCUUAACGGCACAUCCCUUGAGGAAUCGCUCCAAGCCAAGCUGGCUACACUAGACAAAGAAUUUAACGAGUUUCGGGAAAAGUCGUCAGAGUUGCCCUUUUGGAACUCAUUUCUGUGGGAGUCGCCCACAGCAUGCUCUCUUGCCCAUUGGGUGCUUGCCGACGCCUGGUACAGGUCUCGCUGUCUCGAGCUCCCUCGGUCCGGAGCCUCCAUGGUUCCGGCGCUCGACAUGGUCAAUCACUCAACAAACCCGUCUGCAUACUAUGAAGAGAAUAAUGCAGGGGGUGUGGAUCUGCUGAUGCGCCCAACCAGCAAGUUGUCCGGGGGAGAGGAGAUCUCCAUUUCGUACGGUGAAGCGAAAUCACCCGCAGAAAUGCUAUUCAGCUACGGAUUCAUUGACCAAUCAUCCUCAAUCAGGGAGAUGGUAUUGAAUCUACCAAUGGUGGAGGAUGAUCCAUUAUCAAUGGCCAAGGCUCACAUCUUCAAUGGACCCCGUGUGGUGACUCUGACCGCGACGGAUGGUAGCGUCACCUGGACCAGCCCCUUUGCUCUACUCAUGUGUUUGAACGAAGAAGAUGGGUUAGAAUUCCGUGUGCUGCAAGAUAGUGAAGGUAACCGCCAACUAAGAAUGUUUUGGCUGGAAGCAGACGUCACGGACCAGGCACAUGAUGUUCAAUCACUGGUGCAAGACCACCUACUGCUCCCCGUUUUCCAACUACGAGUUGUUGUUACAUUACAUGAUGCUGUAGCUACCCAGCUGGGGCAUCUAGAAUCUCACCUAGAUCUUCCAAACGAGAAUAAUGCUAGCUCGGUUCGGUCUAGUUGCAGGGAUGCAUCUGAGUUGCUCAAGAGAAUAGAACGGGGGGUGCUCGCCGGAGCAAUGGAGACGUUGGAUAAUGAGAAGAUGGGCUUGCUCCAAGACGACCGCGUUGUGGCAUACCUCGGGUCGAUGGAAGCGUCCGAAAAUGGACGGGAUGAAAACAACGACGCUGAGAUUGCACCUGUCAGCGACGGCGAGGAUGACUUUAGCUAGAAAAGCUAUUCUGAUGGCUGAAGCAGCCACGUACUUGUCUGAAAGUGGCUGGCGUGCCGCUUUUCCCAUGCCAGGCGUAUUGGAAUAAUAGGGAUGCCCGGGUGAAAAUGAAGCCGACUCUCGUCAAUGAGUAGAGUUGGCAGCAUGGCAUACUAAAUGCCACCCCAACUGCCAGGAUCAUGCCACUUUCUUUCUGAUAGUUCACGCUGGCCCAACGCUUUGGGGUCUAAUAGCCCGACACCGAAGCCAUGCGUGAAGGUGGUGUUGGAUAGAUAAGGUCUAAGCAGGAUGCAAACUAGUCUAUCGGAAAAGAUCAAUACCCCCUUUUUUCCUUUAGGUUUAGUUGACCGUUGAAGGUAAACAAGAAGGAACGAGAUGUCACAACGGUUGUUUAGAGCUAUUCAGGGUCGUGAAGCUAGAGACGGGCUCUGCGUGGGGCGGCCAUUGCCCACCCCCUCCCCACACACAAUUCAAAGGCCAUCGGAAGCUUUGCGCGAAAGUAGCUUCCGAAAAUCACAUCCGAUUAAUUGUGGCGUUUUCCCCAGAAUGCCAUUCAUUCUUGUAGGGCGGCUAGACGCACUGUGCUUUGGAUGCACAAACAUAACUGUUGGAUAGUCAUAAAUAUAUUGCAAUAGAUGCUGAAGGGCUAGAUUCAACCACAGCAGGUGAUACUUUGAUUUAAGAAUCGUGCUCACGGUGACCACCCGUAUAGAGUGAGCCAGAGGAGCAAAAACGCAAGUCAAUCAGCAGCGACAGCGCUAAGAGCACCACCAAGGCUCUUUGCCACCACCACCUCCAACUCAGAAUGCAGGGAGGUUGCAUGAAGCUCCCGUCGAGCUCCCCUGCAGACUGUGUUGGGAUUUCCAUGCCCUGUGCACAAUCAAUCGAGCUCCUGCCCCAACCUGACCUGCGGAGCGUACCACUUCGGUCUGUUAAAGACGCUGAUUGUUACUUUUAUUGCCCGGAUUGACAGGAAUUGAGCUCGAAUACGGCUGCACACUCAUUAUGAACUUCUUCGCUUUUUUAUUUCAUCCCAUCACAAUACCAUUCUACUCAUGACGUAGACGACCCCAAGCGCUGCUGGUAAAGCGACCCUGGGCGAGUCGUGUGUGGUGAUCAUGGGCAACCAAGCGGAGUCAUGCAGCUUUAGGCCCCAAAGUCUGGGGUAAUUGGGUUAAGCUACUCAAUGGCUGCAUACCCUCCUUGCCUUGGGAGGACGGAAACUGGGUCUUCCUGGUAUGCAUGACGCUACAAGGCAAGCAGCGGCUCCAUUGGAAACAGGCUUGGUAGGCUGUUAGCGAAGCGUGGGCUAGCGGCCAGUCUAGGUCGUUUGCGCACACAGUGUAAUGUUAGCUGUUGAGCCACGACGAGAGACAAGGAAGCCAUUCCCAAUGCGCGUAUGCGGCCGCGUCGCAGCUGGCCAGUCAAAACUGGAUAAAAGUCUUGGACGUGGAGGCGGCAUGCAGGCAUCAAGUGCCAGCCAAUGCAGGCGCUGAGGGCUCUUUACUGAGUCCACAAGGAUCGAUCUGUUCUAGAUCGGUGCUUGCGUGUGUCAAGACACAGCGAGGCUGGGCCUGUUGCAGGAGAACCCACUUCACCACUGCCGCCACCACCAAUGUAGCUUGGUCUUGCUGCUGUACAUUAGUGAACAUGCCCUGGCCGCAGCGGGAGGGUGGCGAGGAUCCUUGCCCAAAUCAGCUCAGUUUGAAAGGAGCUUGCGAGAAGAAGGAGACAUGCUUUGCGUUGGCGUUUUUGUAAACGGCGUCGCUAAACCCCGGAUGGGAGCUCGUGGUGGAUGCAGUGGCCUUCGUUUCUGUCUUGGCUCGCGUGAUCUUUCUGGGUGCGGGUUGCAGGACUGCUAAGUCGAUGGCUUGAACGCGAAUGCGAGAAGAAGGGCCGCUGUUGAACGAGGAGGCUAUGAUGGGCUGGUCAGGGGAAGAAAGCGAGCAAUCUGUGUUGUAUGUAGUAUGCUUUGGAGCAACCUAAUGACGAAGACCGUAGAGUGAAUAGAAGCGUAAUGCAUUUGCCGAAUGUUUGCGAUAUCGUGGAAAUUUGCGGAUGAUCUGCCGCUGAGCAGAGGUCGAUGAAACCCGUUCCUAAUCUAAAGCAUUCAACAAUCCGGGGUAAGACUGAAAGGUGUCGUGAUUGGCUGUGGGUAGUAGAGUAGCGUCGAAAAUGAUCACCGUUUCUGCACAUGUGCGGCGACAGAGACGAGCCUACACCAGCAGGCUACUAGUAGUACAGAAUAUACUGUACAGUAUGGGGAUAUCAUGGUUGCUUGGCACAACGCUCGGCUAAUGCACCUUGGAUGCCGA